GCUGGAGUGCAGAUGAAGCAGGAUAUUUCCCAGACCUCUCUUCGGGACUUGCGGCAGGGGUGCCUGGCUUACUCAGCCCGAAGCUCUCAACCCCUCGCGGGAGGGGGCGCGCAAGUGAAUGGGGCUGGAAGCCAGGAACUCCUCUCACUCAGGCCAGCUGCACUGCACCCCUCUUGCGGGGAUCCUGGGGGUAAGCAGAUGCUACAGCCAGAGCAAGCGCUUUUGGGCACCAGCAGUAACGAACUGCAUGCAGGUCCCUCAGCAGCGUCUGUGGGAUGCCCAUGACCCCUGAAGAUCCGCAACCUGUCUCACAACCUGUCAUGCUUGUGAAGUUUUGAGAGAAUGUCUGCAUAGUGUCUGCUGGUGUCUGGUAUAUAGUGUGCACUCAAAUGCUAAUCAGUUUAGUUGGGAUAGUUGGUCUACCCCUCCAGGUGUUACCUCUGCAGCUCCAUGUCCCUUCUAGACCCUAUUUUUGGGCCAUGGACUCCCACCAAUUAGGCAGGAAAGUGUUGUUUGCCUCCAUCUGGCUCCAGGCUGUGCUCCUGGAGUUUAUGUGAGAACCUAACUCCUUUCCCAGCUCCAACUCUAAUGUUCUCCACACCUUCAACCCUUCAACACACAUAAACACACACAUACACAUGCUACCACACUGCCUGCUGUGCUAUCAGCCUGCCUGAAGUUCACAUCAUUUUAGGAUUGGACCAGCCUUCAUAAUUUAAAUUUUGGAUGGGUCUUCAUAAUUUAAAUUUUAUUAUGAAAAAGUGAUAAUCUAAGGAACUCAUUUAAUUUUUGGCCUAAAUGUCAAAUAUAGAGUAGGAAGCACAAAUAUCUGUUAUAGAAAUACUUAAGUCCUGUAUACAUUUAGACACUUAUCCACAAACCCCUAAUAAGUACAUUUCUUUUUUCUUUUUUUAAUCAAGUUAUCUUGGUCAGAAAGUAUCUCUAGUAAGUACAUUUCUAAACCAGUUACUCAAGCUACAUCCUCCCAGGAUUGGACUUUGUUUCUAUUUUGAUAGGGACAUAAACAAGUGACCUACUUUUUUACUAAAGUAAAGAGAUAGUAAAGGGAAUAAAAUUAAGAUUACAUUUGAAUUUUAACCUGUGUUUUUGUCCCUACUGCCAGCAAAAGUGUUUUAUUAUCAUUAUAAAUGAAUAUACUAUUCAUUGUGCAGAUAUUAACAUAUUCAUAAAUAAGUUAUUACCCAAUGGUUAUCUGAUAAAUAAUGUGAGAAAAUGUUAACAUUUGGGAAAUAUGGGUGAAGAAUAUACAGGAAUUAUUCGUAUGUAGUGUUUGUCAAUCUGAAAUUAUUUAAAAGAAUAAAACUGUCUCAUUUCUGAUCAAUUAUAAAUUAUUCAACCCAAAACUAUGUUUAAGAUAUUUAAGUAUGAUUAUAUAAAAUUUGAGAUCCUUUAUAAACAGUUAUAUAUAUUUUAUUUGGGAGAUCAGAUUACAUCUAUUAAAUGACGAACGGUAACAGCUGGUAUUUGAUAAAGUACUAAGGCAAAUAUAACAUCAUAAAUGUAUGCAAUAGAAUGGUUAUAGAGGAUAUGUUGUUGGAAAGUACCAGAACUAGAAUCCCAGUUUCUAAGCAACCUAUAAAUUGCUGGAAAAUUAGAAAAAAAUUUUUGAAAGAAUAUUUCAAAUGGCUGAGAAUCACCUUUCACUUGCUAAAUAAGCAUGUUAAGGGCAGAGUCCAUUGAGAUUACUGAAGUGUUCUAUUAACAAUUUUAACGAGAACUCCAGCAGUACUCUUAGAAGCACCCUUAAGAGUCUUGUCUGUGUUCCCUGUUGUGAGUGGCCUGGAGUGGGAUACCUGCCUACCUCAUAUUACUUAUAUUUUUCCCUGACUUCAUUUUAUCUCCUCCUGCUUCCAUACUUCAUCACUGAACACUUGAGAACAGAAGCUGUUCAUACUUGGUGCACUGUGGACUCUUGUGAUAAUUAACCAAGAGUAGCUCUAUUUGUCCAACCAAAUACCUAAAGAAGAAAGAAAAAUGGCUUGUGUUGAGUUUUCUUUUCAUGUGCCAAGUCUAGAAGAGCUUGCUGGAGUUAUGCAGAUGGGGUUAAAAGAUAACUUUGCUGAUGUCCAGGUCUCUGUAGUUGAGUGCCCUGAUUUGACUAAGGAACCCUUUACCUUUCCUGUAAAAGGCAUCUGUGGGAAAACUAGAAUUGCAGAAGUAGGAGGUGUGCCUUACUUAUUGCCUCUUGUAAACCAAAAAAAAGUUUAUGAUCUGAAUAAAAUUGCAAAAGAAAUCAAGCUACCUGGAGCUUUUAUUCUUGGAGCAGGAGCAGGUCCAUUUCAAACUCUGGGGUUCAAUUCUGAGUUUAUGCCAGUUAUUCAGACAGAAAGUGAAUACAAGCCUCCUGUGAAUGGAAGUUACUUUGCCCAUGUGAACUCUGCAGAUGGAGGGUGCCUACUGGAGAAAUACAGUGAGAAACGUCAUGAUUUUGAGUGUGCAUUACUGGCUAAUCUUUUUGCCAGUGAGGGGCAACCUGGCAAGGUAAUUGAGGUGAAAGCCAAAAGAAGAACUGGACCACUUAACUUUGUGACUUGUAUGAGACAGACCCUGGAAAAACAUUAUGGAAAUAAGCCUAUAGGAAUGGGAGGUACUUUCAUAAUUCAGAAGGGAAAAGUGAAGUCUCACAUUAUGCCUGCAGAAUUUUCUUCCUGCCCCUUGAACUCUGAUGAAGACGUCAAUAAAUGGUUGCAUUUUUAUGAGAUGAAGGCUCCUUUGGUUUGUCUACCAGUUUUUGUCUCCAGAGACCCAGGGUUUGAUUUGCGACUGGAGCAUACUCAUUUUUUUAGUCAUCAUGGAGAAGGUGGACACUACCAUUAUGACACUACUCCAGAUAUAGUGGAAUAUCUUGGAUACUUCUUACCUGCAGAGUUUCUCUAUCGCAUUGAUCAACCAAAGGAGACUCAUUCAGUUGGGCGAGAUUAAAUCAGCUGAUACUUAUUUAGAAAAAGAAAUAAUUACAGUUAAUUAAUUGUUGACUCAUUAAUUGAUACAUCUAUAAAACCAACAGAAAUGAUCCCGCAGGCCAGGCACAAUGGCUCAUGCCUAUAAUCGCAGCCCUUUGGGAGGCUGAGGCAGGAGGCUCACUAGAGCCUAGGAGUUUGAGACCAGCUUAGACCAGCUUGGGCAUCACAGCCAGACCCUGGCUCUAUUUUUUUAAAAAGUCAAAAAUAGAAAUGAUCUCACUACUUAAAUCCCUUUUUUUUUAACUUCAUAUGAAAGGAUAUAUUGACAUUAUAUUCUAUAUUAUUUCAUAGAUCUGUCUGAAAGAAAUUGGGAACAAAAAUAUCUAAUUGAGAUAUUCUUUAAUUUUUCACAUACCAGCUUCAUUGUUUUUUUAUUCUAUACUUUUAGCAAAAUCAGUCAUGUUUAUACCUUGAAUAUAAACAUCAGGAAUCAUGCAAUUAUUUCUACUAUGUAUUAGUAGUAACUUAUAUUUGUAUAACAUUAUUAAAUUUUGCAAAUUAGUAUCACACACCUGCUAAGUAGAUGUUUCUGAGCAUGAGAAAAAUCAGUGUUAUUACCUGCAUGACAUUAAAAAAAUUUGAAAAAGAGAAAAAGAAAAAUCUGUGUUUAGAAAUGUUGAUUGUUAUUGAAUCUUUGUAUUGAAUUUUAAACAUUCAUUCUAGUAAUCAGAGUAUACUCUUUUCAUGGAACACGGUGGCAGGUGGGGAGCCCUUUACCCUUCUGCUGAAGUUAAACCAUAGAAGUUUGCAAUUUGCCUUUCACCAACAUUAACAGGCUGGGCAUGGUGGCCGAAGCCUGUGAUCCCAGCAUAUUGGGAGGCCGAGUGGGAGGAUUUCCUGAGCCUAGGAGUUCAAGACCAGCCUAGGCACCAUGGUGAGACUCUAUCUCUAUUAUUUAAAUCUUUUCUUAAAUAAAAAAUAAAAGCACAAGUAUUAGCAACUAGUUGGUUAGCCGUAAUUCCUCCCUUGUUUGGAUUGCCCCUUAGAAGCAAUUUGUAUUUCGCUGGUAUUUGCAAGAGAAGGGGGAAAAACGGCAUCAAAAUGCAACACUGGAGUGAGCUUACUUUAAUUUGUAAUUGAGGCUGUUGCUGAACAUGACCACUGUACUUGCUGAAAUAUAAAAUUAUACUCACUGAUUGUAAUGGCUGAAAUUUUCCUGGAUGUUCUUUGAAUAAUCAUGAGCCAAAGAUCAACUCUCUAAUGGUGCUAAUGCCAAUCUUGCUAAUGUGCAAAUUUAGGAAGCCUUUAGUACUAAGUAAAUAAUUUUCAAAUAAUAUCUUUAAUUGUCUACUUUGGAUGUUAGCUAUGUCUUAUGAGUAUAAAUUCCUAUUAUUUUAAGUGUGAUUUUGAUGCAAAAAAUGAAUUUAAAAAUUUAUGAAAUAUAUUUUUAAUAUCUUACCUUCAGAGAAAAACAAUAUUAAUAGUCUUUUAUUUAACAAAUAUUUAUUGAACACCUACCCUGUUCUCUGGAGUGUACACUUUAUGCGGGUAAUGACCUUGUUCAUGACUGUAGCACUAGUGGCUUUAACAGUGCUAGCUCCAUCAAGUCAUUUAUUUAAAAUAAAAUAAAAUAACAUAAAAAAACAGUGCUAGCAAAGUAUUGCUUGGAUGAUUAUGCCAAAUACUUUACUAAAGCUGGGGAUCUGUCUAGUGGGGAAACAAUAAAUAUAUAAUAUGUUAGAUGGUAUUAAGUGCUAUGAAAAGAAAUAAAGCAGUAGAUGGAUUGUAAAGGAGGAUGCUAUUUUUUUGUGGCCAUCCCACAAUGAGACAGGAUACAUUCCACAUCCAAAAUUUGGUUCAGAUAUCCAGACUGACAGCCAGGUUCAGCAGCUCACACCUGUAAUCCCAGUACUUAGGGAAGCCAAAGUAGGAGGAUCACUUGAGUCCAGGAGUUCAAAGCCAGCCUGGGCAACAUAGAGAGGCCCCAUCUCUGCAAAAAAAAAAAAAAAAUUAAUUAUCUGGGCACGGCUGUGCACACCUGUUGUCCCAGCUGCCCAGAAGGCUGAGGCAUAAGGAUCAUUUGAGCCCAGAAGUUGAGGCUGCAGUGAACUAUGAUUGCACUGUUGCACUGUACCCUGGACAACACAGUGAGACCCUGUCUCAAGAAAAAAAAAAUGACUGAUGAAGCCACACACACACCAACAGAAUAUAAAAGGGUUGUGACUCACAUAAUGAAGCUUUCUGGGGAAAGCAGGGAAGCUCCUAAGCAAAUCCAAAAAUGACUUGACAACAGGGAAGGAGACUGACUUGGGGUUUUUAUGGUGGUUAGGAAUUAGGGCAAGAGUGAUGUUUCUUGCAUGUGGUUUGAAUUUCCCACUGAUAUCAAAGAAGGGAACAUCCAGGCUUUACUUUUUUUUUUUUUUAAGAGAUGGGGGUUCUCACUAUGUUGUCCAGGCUGGGCUCAAGUGAUCCUCCUGCCUUGGCUUCCCAAAGUGCUUGGAUUACAGGCCUGGGCCACCACAUCUCGCCAGUACCCAGGCUUUUUUAGCUUGCCAGAGGUGUGGGGCAGAAGGGGAAGUGGGGUGGGGUAAGGCUUAAAAGCCAUCAGCAGUCAAACAUAUAUUAAGUUAGAUUCUUAAUUUCAGAUUUCAGAUCUGAUUUCAGAUCAGAUUCCAGGUGUGGAGAUUAUCUGAAGUAGUCCUGGGCCUCUUCUCACUAUAAACACUUCCUUUACUCUUCUAUUAGUGUUCUCCAAAAUGGGGUACAUGGACAGCAGGUGUACAUGACCUUCCAAGGGGUGUGUGGAUAUUAGGAGAUCCACUUAUAUAUUUUAUUUCAUCCUUUUAAGUUUCUAGCUUUGUGUACGUUUCUUGUAUUAGGGAUUUCAAUUCAAAAUUAUAUUGCUAAUAGACACAAUUCAAGAAGCUUGGAGACUAGGUACAUUUACAGCAUCUAAUAGAGAUCGGGGCGGCGGGGUAAAUCAAAAUCCUUUUAAAUUUUUUCUUAGUUUUAUUUUUUUAUAGAGACAGGAUUUCACCAUGUUGGCUACGCUGGUCUCCAACUCCUGGCCUCAAAUGAUCUGCCCGUCUCAGCCUCCCAAAGUGCUAGGAUUACAGACAAGAGGCACUGUAGUGCUCUUCUUACUCUUACUCUUAAAGACCCUUACCCAAAGUGCUCUUCUUACUCUUACAUUCACUCAGUACAACACAGAAUGCGUCUGUGACCAAAUGCAUGGGGUUUUUCCCACAUACCACGCAAUUCUCCAGCGGACGUCAGCAGGGGGUCCUAUAAUUUAAUUCAUUUCCAACACUAUUUACUUGGAGAUAGCAUCAGAUCCCUCAGUUUAAUGGUUCAGUCCUCAAAGACUGCCUCCUGAUUUCUGAUGCCAAUCACAAGCUUCAGGUUGUCACCUAUAUUUCUGACUAACCCACUGUAAAUUGAGGUCUCUAUGCCCACCUCUUCAGGUUUGAUUAAUUUGCUUAGAGCAAAUCACUGAACUCAAGGAAACAUUAUACUUAUAUUUUUCAAUUUAUUAAUAAAAUAUAUAAUAAAGUAUACAGAUGAACAGCCAGAUGGAAGAAAUGCAUAAGGAAAGGCCAGCAGAAGUCUAGAGCUUCCACACUAUCUCUGGGUGCCCCACCUUCUAGGCACCUCCACAUGUUCAGCAAUUUGGAAGCUAUCCAACCCUUUUCUUUUGGAUUUUGUUUUGUUUUUGUUUUUGAGACAGGGUCUCACUCUGUCACCCAGGCUGGAGUGAGCAGUGGCAUGAUCUCUGCUCACUGAAACCUUUGCCUCCCAGGCUCAUGCAAUCCUCCUAUCUCAGCCUCCUGAGUAAUUGGGACUAACAGGUGCAUGCCACGGCAUCCAGCCAAUUUUUGUAUUUUUUGUAGAGAUGGGGUCUCACCAUGUUACCCGGGCUUGUCUUGAACUCCUGGGCUCAAGUGAUCUACCUGCCUCUUCCUUUCUUUGGGGAUUUUAUGGAGGCUUCCUUAUGUGGCAGAAUUCAUUAAAUCAUUGACUAUUGGUGAUUAGCUCACCCUUCAGCCUCUCUUUCGAGGUUGGGGUUGGGAUUGAAGGUCAUAACUCUUUAAUCACAAACUUGGCUCCUAGGCAAGAAGCCCCCAUCCUGAAGCUAUCCGGGAGCUUCUAGCAUGCAGAAACCCAUUUAUCAUUGUCAUUUCAUUAGCAUACAAAAAAGCCACUAAUCACUUUGGGGGUUCCCAGGGUUUUAGGAGCUGUGUGUCAGACUACUGGGAUGAAGACUAUUUAUACAUACUACAUAAUCUUAUACAUCACAGUGUCAUACCAUCUUUCCAAACCUAAAAUAAGAACACAGAUAAACCUAAAGAACUUUGAUCCAGCCAGGUGCAAUGGCUCAUGCCUGUAAUCCCAGCACUUUGGAAGGCUGAGGUGGGAGGAUCACUUGAGCCCAGUCUGGGCAACAUAGUGAGACCUUAUCUCUACAAAAACUAAAAAAAUUUUGCUGGGCAUGGUGGCACAUACCUGUAGUCCCAGCUACUUGGGAGGCUGAAGUGGGAGGAUCACUUGAGACCUGGAGGCUGCGCCUACAGCAAACCGAGAUGGCACCACCUCACUCCAACCUCGGCAACAGAAUCAGAUAGAUCAUGUUUCUUUAAAGAAAAAGAAAAUGUUAUCCAAAAGACCACCAGGAUGGCUAAGCAAUAGAAAGGAGAGCUUUAUUGGUGAUUUCAGCUUGCAAAGCUGGAAGAAACAGUCUCCAGCUUAUGCCACAGGUACUCUCUCUUCCCAGAGGGAAGGGAGCAGGUUGGUUUUUAUGCCUCACAUGGCCUGUAUCACACAAUAGAGUAAAACAUUAAGCAUGUUUGGGAGAAAAGUUAUGUAUAUAUGAGGGGAGUUGAACACAUGUGCAAUGGAUAAACAUAUAUGUAACACAUCCCAUGUUCACUUUGGGGUAAGGUUCUAACAUUAAAAUAAGGUGGAACUUGGCUCUUCAUGUCAAAAGGUGAACUGCUGGACACAAAGUUUGCAUGUAGUCUCUAUAAACUGGCUGAAACUGGCUUGAAGACUUCAGUUGCUUAUCAGGAAAGAAUGUUUGUAAAACUGGUUCUUUGUCCAAUCAGAGCUAUAGUGGUUUGGAUUGUAAAUCAGGGUUAGUAAGGUUCUGGCAAUUUUCCCAAUAUUUUUAGCGAAUUUAGCAAGAGUGGUUUUUCUUGUAGCCUUAGGAGUUUGCAAAGUUGGCAUGCCAGCCAAGCCCUGAACCUUCCACCCAUAGGUAACUUUCAUUUCCUUAACUUUAGGGUUCUUCUUAGUUGAUAAAGGAGCAUCUAUUUUGGUCUUUCAUAUCAUAGAACACAAUCUGACAGGGCAAUUUGUGUGACUAAAUUAGUGAAAUAUUAAAAUCUGAAUUUUCCAUAGAAAA